AUGAAGUUUUUCAGGCGAGACAAACAACGCAAGGCCAAUGGCUCUAGCGACCAGCAGUACCUCACCUCGAACAGCCCCACCGUGCCACAGUUCCCCAGCUCCCAGUCCGGCGACGCAUCACAUCCUAAUGGUGGUACCGGCAGCCGUAGCCGUGGCUUUGGAGGUCUCAAAGGCUUUCGUGGCCGCCACGGCAGUGCCAGCGCCAACAGCAUCGCGCAUCACCGGCACAAAUCCUCUUCGUCUCCGGUCCCAAUACCGCCACCACCAGGGGCGCCAGCUCGUGCGCUGCUCAAGCUGCCGGAUCCCGUGCUUGAGCGCAUCUUCUCCCUCGUCUGUCCUCACAGCCAGGACCGGUCCUAUGACAAGUGCGAGGAUUCAGGUUCUGAUAGUGCGUGCAUGCUCUGUGACAUGCGCGACCUGGCCCACUGUGUUCAGGUGUGCCGGCGAUGGCGUGUCGCCGCCGAACGCGUUCUCUACACCAGCGUCCGCAUCGACGCGGUUCACUACUGCGAACGCGAAGAUGACCUUGCGGAACGUCGAAAACGCCGGUCCUUUUUCGACCGCAACGCCGAACCCGAUGAAGACACUGCCGACAUCCGGCUCAAGCUCCUAAGUCGCACCCUUCGCGAACAUCCAGACGGCCGGCUGGGUGCCACAGUCCACUUCCUCAAGAUCCCCUACAUGCUACGCGAGUCCAAACACGCCGACAUUGCCCGCACGGUCUCGUUGCUGCCAAAUCUGCGCUACGUCGACCUGCCUGAAGGCCUCUUCAUGGACGACCCCACCUACGUGACUCUCAAGCACGAGAUUCAGGCCAGGUGUCCCGAGCUUCGCAAGAUGACCUACAUGGGCGGCUCUGAGCGCAGUCUCGCGGCUCUUGGCUCCGGCACCAUCUGGCCCAGCCUUGAGGUGCUGGAGCUGGUGCGAAUCGGCAUGGACCCGGCUACACUCCGACACGUCCUCAGUGCCCUACCGAACCUACGCGCUCUCAAGGUGACGGAGACGACGGCUGGCCCGCACACUUUCUCCGACGACGUCCUUGCAUCAUCGGCAUCGGAAUACUCCGCGGACGCGUCGGACUCGUCCGGCUUCUAUCAAGAACAGAACGGAUAUUCCCCCGAAGUCCCGCCUCUGGAAGAGCUUGUCCUGACGGAUACCCUUGGCCUCACAGCUGCUGGCUUGCAAGGGUAUCUAAGUCGGCCGGAUGCGCGCCAGGCGUUAAAGGUGCUCACUGUCAGCGGCACCGGAAUCAAGCCAUGGUCUCUGCAGGUGUUGCUCACCCAGAUGCCAUCGCUGCGCCACCUCACCAUUGUCGAAAGGGUGACCGCAACCCUACCCGUGGCUGCGGGCACCAAGGAGAUCCGUCCUCUGGUAUCACAGUCACUGCGCACGCUGAAUUACGAGAUCAGAGCAGCCGACGGCGUCAGCCCGUACGCCGGUAUCACCCGCUCCUACUACAACUAUCUGUCGGGCUCCAUCCUAUCGGGUGGGUUGCCGAACCUGCGGGCUGUGUAUGUGUGUGACGCACAGUUCCCAGAUCUACUGCUGCUUGGGAGCGCCUUGCCUCCACCACCGGGUCUCUUCGGAGCCCCCAGCGCGCAGAACCGACCGUCCUCGGCCGGCUCCAUCGGAUCUGCGCCGCGCCUCUCGAUGAUGUCGGGUCGCAGCAGCAACAGCAAUCUCGGGCUUCUGUACGCGUCGGCCAACAUGCAGAGCCCCCCUCAUUCGCCGGGCCUGCGCCAGCCGCCCGUCCUACAGCCGCAGCCACAACGACAGUCUCUCAACCCGUUUUUGGACCCACAAUCACCGUUUAAAGCGGCAGCCAGGCCUUCUUCGCCGAACCCCGCGAAGCCAUGGGCGACCGGCCAGAACCCACGGUUCAGCAGCAACAAUCCGUUCGCGGCGAUGAUCUCACCGCAGCAGGUGCGGACGCUCGAGGUGUUUACUAAGGGUGAUGACGACCUCGACUGGAGCUCGUUUGUGGUCGACGGCGGAGACGCAGGGGGCAGCGGCCUGGGCAAUUCAGAGCGACCGACCAGCAGUUACGGACUUGGGGCGGAUCUGGGCGCCGGAGCAGGAGCACGCAAGAGCGUUCUUCUGCAUACAGGCGCGGGGGACUUUCUGGCAGUGCCGGACGGAGCAUUUGCUGGCGGUGGCGUUGGUGGCAACGGAAUGCCCGACAAUCGACGGGACAGCCACAUGGAUCGCAACGGACAAGGGGGUGCUGACCUGUGGCCAAGGCCAAGGAGCAGUGCGGGUGACAAGAAGAACGAGAAGCGGGACCUGUGGCGGUGA